UUGAACGCACGGGUUUUAAUUCGUUCCCAAUAAAAGUCUAUAAUUAAGUCUAAUCAAGCGACUUACUCCUUCAAUAGUUCCGAAAGUUGGGAAAUAUAUUUGGUGGCAGCAAUUAUCGAGUGAAUGCUGUGUGGAGCUAUCUCGCAAACAGACCCGAAUAGUGCAAACGAAAUCUCCCCCCGAACGGGUGAACAGCUGUUGUGUGAAAGAACCGUACCUUCCUGCUGCUGGUGGAUGCCGUCGACGAGAGACGGGAAGAAAUACCCCGAAAUCCGAACCCCCCCAUCGGCCGAGCCCGAACAUUUGGUCCUUCGCAGCCGGAUUCGAGGACAUCAUCUCAUCAGGAACCAGCAGAGGAAUCAGCAUUCGCCAUCUUCCGAGCGCCAUAGCAGCUGUGGUUUGUACCAAGUCAACACCAAGGGUAGAGUAACGAAAAAUCUCAUCAUAAAACAUCAUCGGAGGUGCUGGGAUCACAUUAAACGGAGUUUUGCAAAUACGGGUGCAGAGGUUCCGGAAUGGAUUCCUCAGACAAACCCGGUACGAUGGAGUUUAAAAAGGAUGGUGGCAAUGAAUACAAAUCAACCCGGUAUGGCAAAAUAGUCGCAGACGGAACCCCGUCCCGAACCGAAGAAAAAGGUGAUUAGGUA